GGAAAGGGUUCUGCGUCUUGGAAAACCUCCGCGAUCAAAUGAUUGAAAUCCAAAAACUUCAUGCAAAGAUGGAUGAAAUGCAAAAGUUCAAACCGCUGAUGCUCUCUAUCCGCGCAAGUGAGCUAGAAUGGCUCAGUGGAAAAGAAGACCACGACGCCCGUGCUCAAAGAAAUCGGAUUGUCCAUGGAGGGAACGUCGAAACUGACCUGGAAGUGCUUGAAUUCCUACAUAGCUCUGACGAUCAGGAGAGGUGGGAGAAUGCUUGUGUAGGCUUCGAGGAGCUUUACGGAUUCCCAGCUACGCGGCUACAAUCCAAAUUGGAUACAGUGCCCAAGGAAAUAAUUGGAGCGCUUAACAGAAGAGGAACCCUAAAACGGAUUUCUAAAUGGAAUCAGUUUCCAAAGGAGAAGGACGACCUUAUCACAUCAUGUGAAUCGAUCAUUAACCUUUGGUUAGAUGCCACAAACUCUACCCCCUAUCUGGAACACAAAAUCACGACAGAAUACAAUGAAAUCUGCCAGAAGAUGAUCGAGGUAAUGAAGUCCAAGGAGAAGUCUAAAUCGACUUAAUUUAAUAGAAUGUUAAAUUCUGGAGAGUUUGAUUGGUUGGUGGUAAUAUGAUCAUAGUCCCGAGGGCCAGGAAAUGUACUGGUUUUCACCUUUGGACUUCGAAUAAUUUGGCU